UGGAUUUAAGAAAUUCUUCAAGCCCAUGUCAAAUAUGAUCCAAGAGAAAAUGUGAUUUGCGUCUGGAGACAAUCGUGCUUGUCAACUAGUAAUAAAAGCCCAACAUAGCUGAUAGAAGAGAGAACAUUAUUUGGAAGAUUGCUACAAUUAAAAAGAAAAGCUGUUUCUAGUUUGAUUUAUAUUAAAUAGCAUAUUUCAUUUUGGCUUUAACGAUGGAGAAAAAGUGUAUCCUGUAUUUUCUGUUUCUCUUGCCUUUUUUUAUGAUUCUUGUCAUAGCAGAAUCAGAAGAAGAGAGUCCUGAUGAGUUAAUUCAGCUGGGUGUUACUAGAAAUAAAAUCAUGACAGCUCAAUAUGAAUGUUACCAAAAAAUUAUGCAAGACCCUAUUCAACAAAUAGAAGGCAUUUACUGCAACAGAACCUGGGACGGAUGGCUGUGCUGGAACGAUGUUGCCGCGGGAACCGAAUCAAUGCAGCACUGCCCCGAUUACUUUCAGGAUUUUGAUCCCUCAGAAAAAGUUACAAAGAUCUGUGACCAAGAUGGAAACUGGUUUCGACAUCCAGAAAGCAAUAGAACAUGGACAAAUUAUACCCGGUGUAAUGUUAACACACACGAGAAAGUGAGGACUGCACUGAAUUUGUCCUACUUGACCUUAAUUGGACAUGGAUUAUCUAUUGCAUCACUGAUUAUCUCGCUUGGCAUAUUCUUUUAUUUCAAGAGCCUAAGUUGCCAAAGAAUUACCUUGCACAAAAAUCUGUUCUUCUCUUUUGUUUGUAACUCUAUUGUAACAAUCAUUCAACUCACUGCAGUGGCCAACAACCAGCCCUUAGUGGCCUCAAAUCCUAUUAGUUGUAAACUGUUUCAGUUCGUUCAUCAUUACCUGAUGGGCUGUAAUUACUUUUGGAUGCUCUGUGAAGGCAUUUACCUACACACACUCAUUGUGGUGGCUGUGUUUGCAGAGAAGCAACACUUGAUGUGGUAUUAUUUUCUUGGCUGGGGAUUUCCAAUGAUUCCUGCUUGUAUACAUGCCGUUGCCAGAAGCUUAUAUUACAAUGACAACUGCUGGAUCAGUUCUGAUACCCAUCUCCUCUACAUUAUCCACGGUCCAAUUUGUGCUGCUUUACUGGUCAAUCUUUUUUUCCUGUUAAAUAUUGUACGUGUUCUCAUCACCAAGUUAAAAGUUACUCACCAAGCAGAAUCUAAUCUCUACAUGAAAGCUGUGAGAGCUACGCUUAUCCUGGUGCCAUUACUUGGCAUUGAAUUUGUGCUGCUUCCAUGGCGACCCGAGGGGAGGAUUGCAGAGGAGGUAUACGACUACAUCAUAACCAUUCUUAUGCACUAUCAGGGUCUUUUGGUCUCUACAAUUUUCUGCUUCUUUAAUGGAGAGGUUCAAGCAAUUUUGAGAAGAAACUGGAAUCAAUACAAAAUCCAAUUUGGAAACAGCUUUUCCCAUCCAGAUGUCCUCCGUACUGCAUCUUACACAGUGUCAACAAUCAGUGAUGGUACAGGUUACAGUCAUGACUGUCCUAGCGAACACUUAAAUGGAAAAAGCAUUCAUGAUAUGGAAAAUAUUAUCUUAAAAUCAGAAAAGUUAUAUAAUUGAUAAUGGAGGGAGUAUUGCUUAACUAUUUUGUGCCACUAGUAACUCAAAGACCUGGAUCCAUGACUUUACAACCAGAAGACUUCAAUAUUAAAAGAAUUUCUUGAAUGGCACAAAGAAAAUCCUCACAUGAAUUCAGUAGUGUGUCGAUAAUGUUUAACAACUAGCUCUAUGAGGAAAAAAAAAACCCUGAUUUGUAAUAUUUGCCAGUUUCUAUGGUGUAAAUACUCCUACCAUGGCUGAUUUCAAGCUACUAACAUGACAUUACUGAAUGUGGAAUUGGGAAAAUAUGAGCACAAUCAACUCUUGUAGCCUCGUGUGAGCCAGUUCCAGCACACUGCUGCAUGAAUUCACAAAUGAAUAAGACUGUAAAAGUUCAUAGACACAUUGGGCAUGACUCUACUCUUGUUGCUUAAAGUGAGCUAGCUAAAGCCUAUAGACUUGGAGGGAAAAUUAGCUUUUCAUUCGUUUGUUUUUAAAAUUUUUAUCCCAUUUUCAUCGGUGCAUUUGAUUUUUUUUGCCUAGAGAGUAUUCUAGCCCUUUUUGUGUCUACCUUUUCAAAUGGACCAGAUAAAGAGUUAAUUAUUCCUGUUGGCUCACCCUCUUCUCCCCAAGAAAGGCAACUGAGCAGAAUUGCUAUUGGCUACUCAUUUGCUGAUCUAUCAGUUACACCCUGUGUCAUAUCUGCUUUGGAGAGUUGAUGAAUAGUGUGUGUAAUAUGCAAUUCUACUUUGGUAUCAUUAGGGAGACACCUUGGUUGAGACUACAAAACACCUUGUCAGCUACUCUCCUAUCUUACUACACAAGUGGGAGGGAAUCAGUUUCCCUAUAUCUGUAAAUAGAAACUUUGCCCCUUCCAUUUCUACUGUGUAGACAAAUUAGCAAAUAUUUUACAUGAAGGAAAUCAAUGAAGGAUUUCUUAUUUUUUUGGAAGUUUGUAAAAAAAAUUGUUGUGAAAAACGAGCUUGUAAAUACUCUGUUAUUCUAUUUUACAGUCUCAAAUCAGAUACGUACAAUCUAGGUAAGAUUUUUAAAAACAAAUACAUAAUGUAACGAUGUAUGCAUGUUAAUAUCUGAUACUACGUCUGGGCUGAUUUUAUAAUAAAAUAGAGUCUGGAAUUCUAUAUUUGGUAAAUAUUUUAAAGACAACCAGAUGCCAGCAUCAGAAGUUUGUUUAAAAACUAAGAUAUCAGAAAUAUCUAGGAUAAGAUAUAAAAUAUUUAUU